AUGAAGUACGCCGACGCCAAAACCAUAACGGUGGCCCAUCCCAACAACUCCAUCCCCGAUCUCCAGCCUGCCCUCUUACAACAAGAGGAAUGGACCCAUGCUAACAAUAUGAAACUUAACAAGAACAAGUCCACAGCGAUACAGUUCUGCUUCACCAUGUCCCUCCCCAUCCAUCAUACCCUCCAUAUUACAGGCGAAAGAGACAUGCAUUCGCCUUUUGGGUAUGACGACCUCCACAGGAACGCAAACAUCAAGGCGAUCGUAGCCAAUGCAUCAAGACGAUUGUUGAUACUCGAGAUCUUACAGUCCUUUGGAGCGCCCCGUGGAGAUUUACUUGCUGUUUGGUCCUCGUACAUCGUCCCAGUGAUAAAAUACGCCUCCCCUGCCUGGAGCAACUCACUCACCACCAAUUUGGCAAAUUCAAUUGGGCUAGUCCAGAAGCGCGCUUUUCGGCUCAUCCUUGGGAGUGAAUUUACGUCAUAUAAGGAGGCUCUAUCUACUCUUCAGUUGUCAUAUCUAGUAGAGAAGCGAAAAAAGCUCACGCAAUUCGCUCUCAUUGAUAACACCGGUGUUCAGGAGCUCCCCGAAGGAGUCUUUAAAGAUCUCUCCUUCCUAGAGAUUUGGGUGAAUUCCACAGCGUUGAAGAGGAUUCAUACUUCUGCUCUCUAUCCAUCCAAGGACACCAUAGAGACUUUGAAUGUUAUAUUCAGUCCGCUACAGGAUUUCCCAUUCCACCUUCUGCCCCAUCUCUCCCGUCUCAAAGAACUUACGCUCUGGAACACUUCCUUGACCCAGGUCACUCCUAUCCAGAGCGAGAGCCUCGAGGUGCUCCGCCUCGGGUUCAAUUCCAUCGAAAUGGUGGAAGAAAAUGGGUGGUCGACUCCAAAUUUACGGGAACUCAACUUUGGUCUAACACCCGACACAACAGUUAAACUUGGCUACAACAGGAUCACUAAUCUUGUCGAGGAAAUCUUCCGACCUUUACUUGAGGUCAUUUCGCAGGGAGAUGGAGUCCUUUAUCUUGAGGAUGUCAGAUCUGUUCUUCUUCCGAGCUGGAGUCAGCAUUCUUGGGACCCAUCGAGAACUGACUUUGGACAUGUGUAA